GCACGAGGCCGCUGUUUCUCCUCUUCCACUGACAACGACAGGCGGCAGCGCAGCAUCCCGCAUCACACAGAAGGAUGCUGGCGACCAUGUCUGAAAAAACACGUACACAAAUGGCUGUCGAGGUGGAAACAGCGAUGUAGCUUUCAAGAUGCCAUCCUUUUUGCUCUCUCGUUUUAUUUUCUUUCUAUUUUUGUCCGGUUUCAAAGGGACAGCUGGCAAAUCGAUCCCUGAAAGGGAAGCUCUCGAGGUGCAGGUGAGGGUCCAGGUGUUUGACGGCGGUGAUCUUUCACCCCUGUCCAACGCUGAUAUUACGGUUCAUGGGAACCAGAGUGUGCUGGCACAAAGCAAAGCAGGCAGUGAUGGCGUACAGGUGGUCAGCUUUCUGUACCGCACAGGAACAUGGGUAAUCAUUACGGCAUCUCAGAGAGAUUACCUCACCAGCUCAGUGCCCUGGCACGCCAGCCGCGUACCCUUAUAUGCCUCUGUCAGUCUUUACCUGAUGGCCCAGAAGCCUGGAACACUGAUCCUAUAUGAUGAUGUCAUCCAGGUCUUUCAUGGCUCCCCAAGUGGGCGGAGCCAGCCAUGGCUGCAAGUUCCAAGGCGGAGCCUACAGUUUAACUCCUCCUACACAGAACUGACCGCAGUAUUAACAACAGCCAGAGAGCAGAAUGAAAUCAACUCAUUCCCUUAUCCACUCGCUCUGGAACCAAACAACACAGGAGGAGAGAACGGCUGGACGGACCUGACAACGAUAGCAGCGGUCAGUGCACAACUGUUUGACCGCGAGGGUCGAGCGGUUGAGGUCAGCGAGCCCGUUCACAUCUCCGUGCCUCUGCCUUCUGAUACUCGCAUACGAUCUGCAACCAGCAUUCCUGUAUGGAUGUACGACACCAAGACAGGACUAUGGGUACGAAAUGGAACAGGAUUUAUCACUCGAGAGGGAACACAGCUAACGUGGGACUUCACUGCCUCCCAGCUUGGCUACUGGAUCGCAGCCUUCCGUUCCUCAGCAGGCUCAGGUUUGUCUCACCCAGGCCUGAGGGAUAUCACGGCCUACCACACCUUCUUCCUGCUGUCCAUCCUGGGAUCUCUGGCACUGCUGGUACUAGUCUUACUCUGUGUCCUACUCUACUACUGCAGACGAAAGUGUCUAAAGCCCCGACGGCAGCAGAAACAGGUUCAAGGUCCAUCUGGUUUGAACGGAUCCAAACGGGACCAAGGCACCUCCAUGUCCCACUUGAACCUCAUCUGUGGUGGCCAUGCUGAACCCGCUGCCUCCAAUGGCAACUUGGACGCCAACAAAUCCGAGGGAUCCCCAUCCCAUGCCUUCAAGAGUGCUCGGGAAGAGUUUUCCAGAAACGUUCCUGCCCAUAAGCUCCGGCAUUCCUCCAAGACCAAGCAGUCCAAAGGUGCCCAAAGAAAUGCAGAGAGUUUCCCCAUGAAGGUGCAUCGAUCCACAGAUACAAGCAAUCUGGACAGCAGUCUUCUACAUGAGGACUACGGACGCAACUACAGCCCUGGCGAGAAGGACGACUAUCGCCGGAGGCACGUUGUCAAUGACAACCGUGGUUACACGUCUGAUCCGCCUUCUCCACCAAUCGCUGACAAGCCACCGGAGUACUCGCAGGUUUUGCAAGGGCCAGAUCACCUUGCUCGCCCAACGUCGCUCAACACGCAACCAGGUCAGAUUAUAUUCUGCAGCUCAUUGGAUCAGAUGAAGGAGAACAUGUACCGUUCUAUGGUACCAACUCUUGUGAUUCCCGCCCACUACAUGAGGCUCUCGUCAGAGUUCGGCGCCACAGAUCAGGGAAAGGAUGGAGCGAACCAGGCAGACAGAGACGGACAGAGUUCACAGGGAACCAGCAGCGGGAUUCAAGGCCAAAACCACCAAGGCCAGACCCCCGGUUCAGGUCAUUCAGAAGCCCAACAAGGAGCAUCUCCAGCAGGCUCAGAUGAUAGUGUUUGGCCUUCAAGUGGAACACCCGGACCGGUUCACAUCCCUGUUUUGUUCAACGACUCCACCAUUUCGCAGAUGAAUGGGGAGCUACAAGCCCUCACAGAGAAGAAGCUUCUGGAGCUGGGGGUUAAGCAACAUCCUCGUGCCUGGUUUAUAUCACUCGACGGCCGUGCCAACGCUCACGUGCGCCACUCGUACAUAGAUGUAGGGGCUGAUCUCGGCCACGGAGGCACGCACAGCGGAAACCACAGCGCACAAAGCACAUUGAGCGCCCCUGCCGGGAGCAGUAAAGACCGAAACGGCGAUACAAGUCUCCACGAUACCCAACACGACCGCAAAUCCGCGUCCGGUCGCAAGACCAAAGAGGAACACCACGGAAGCGGGCGCAAGGGCCAUGGAGGUACAAGUGGCGGGAAACACUACUUUAAACCAAGCUAUCAUGACCCUCUGGACCUCAGUGGAGGAGUGAGCCGCAUGGGGGCCAGUUCGCCACUGGAGAACCCUUUGACCCCUCUUUUGGAUGACGGUCCUGAGGAACCAAGGGGGUCUUCAAUGCCGAGAAGGGGUCGAAGCAGGGGUAACAGCUCACGUAGUAGCAACAGCGAAACGCAACGUGACUCUGUCACCAGCCCAGAAGACGACAACGACCUCGACGAUAAAGACGAGAACAAGAAAAGUCCCUGGCAGCGUAUUGAAGAGCGCCCACUUAUGGUGUUCAAUGCCAAGAAGUAGAGUGAGAAAACCAAUCCCAGCAGCUGCCUUGACCAAUUAGAAGAUGUGAAUUGAUAAUGACUCGAAUUGAAAGUUUUACAAAUGAUAAUUUGAUUGACGUUUCCAAAAAAUAAGGAGGGCGAGUGCAUUAAAGCACAACACAUCAACACACAAAGAGGAAGACUUUGUCUUAAAGUCUACGGGCAUUUCCACACCAAUUAGACUCUUGCAAACUAUUGGAUCCAAAAGUACCUUUUCACUCUCAAUGAUUUGCGGAUACAUAACUUUUUGGAUGGAUGGAUUUUAGCUUGUGUCUUUAAUCAAGAACUUGAUGUCUCCAGAACGUCAUGUUGUUUCCUUAUGUUCUAAUGCAGUAUAUUUAUUGGUAUCCCUUCGUUCUUCUACCUUCAAUACUCAAUAAUUUUUUAUGUCAAUCCCUCAUUCAAUCUUCCGUCUGAAAUGUACAAGUCAGAUUUCAAACAUUCCGGAUUUUUUACCGUUAGUCCUUAAUUAUCUUUAAGUAGAUUGAGGAAGGCUUUUUAUGUUCACAUUUAUGUGUGAUGUGACGAUAUAUCAAGUUAUUACAUAAUGCGUUCUGAUUUAUUGUAAUAUGAAACCACAUUUUUCACUCCAAUACACCUAAUACUCCAAUUUGUUUAGGAAAAGCUGAUUCCAGAUUAGGUAUUUCAAUGGGACCCUGUUCUCACUGACAAUGAAAAAGCAUUGACUGUGAUACAGUAGAAAUGAAUGUAUAUUCCCCACAAUUAGCAUUUUUAGUCAGCCUUACAUUUGUUUAAAAGAGAGUAAUUAGCAUUUUGUGUAUAUGUAUGAUAGCCUAUAUGUGCAUGAGAUAACUAGCAGAUUUUUAUGCCAAGAAAUUAAAAUAGACACUAUUGAAGCAUGAAGGUGGAUGCUAUAGAUGCAUCGUAUAUUGAUGCCUAAUGGGAAGAAAUUUGCCAAAAUUUCAAAUGCCAAUUUGAAAUAUUCUAUACCAGUUUACAGGUCACAACUUUCCCAGCGCUGUUAAUAUUCACGCUGUCUGUAACUGUGAAAAAAAAUCUGACUUUGCUCAUUUUAAAAAGCCAUUCAGAUAUUUGUGACACUUCUUUAUUUGUUACUUUUCUAUGGACAAUUUUUUUAAAAACAUAUAAUUAUUUGACUCGUGUUAACCAUCAUCAAAACAAGCACAACACUUGUAUAAGCAACAUUUUAUGAAUAAUUAAGGCAGAUUUACAGGGUACCGUAUGGAGCACGACGGCUGAGAGCUAUUUGAUGACUAUCAAACAUGAUAGGAAAGAGACUUUUAAUAAAAAUAGCUCGGCUCAUGCUGAUCGGAUGCCAAUCACAUGUAGACCAGUGAUUAAUGCUGUCUCCUGCAAUGACUGUCAACUCACAACAAAUGACAGCACGGUUGCAACAUGUCUCAUAUGUGUGUCACUUGUUUUGCAACCCUUCCUUUCUUCCUUAUAAUAACUAUUACACAAGUUUGACUGGAACUGAGAUUAAGCUCUGGAUUACUCAUCACAAAGUUGGCGAUUAAGAGUGAAAUUUAAAAUCUAGCUUAAGUGGAUUUCUACAGAGGAUUAUAUACUGUAAGUGCUGACACCCCUAAUCCUAACAUACAGUAGUCUCAAAAUGUAUAAAAACACACCCACAAUUUCAUUGAGUUUAGAUUUGCACACUCUUUUUAGCAUGAGUUUUACUCAAACCAAUAAGAGCUAAAAUCAAAAGCCAUUCACUUCUUCCAUCUGUUCAGAUUUUGUUCAUUUACACAGGAAAUCUCUAUGCCUUUGUCAAUGUACACGUGGUGCUCUAAAACACACUUCCCUCUGUACUGUGUAAAUAUUUCUCUCUUUGACUGAAUAUGAAUAUGACUCUGAUAUGAUGUUGUUUCCAUUGUGCACAACAGCUUUGCUUAAUUGUUCUGAAAUCUAACAGAUGGAUCUUUUGCAUUUUUUAUAAUUUGUUCAUAAUAUCCUCGAAAGAUCACAUGUGAAAUGGACUGUUUCACUUCUGACGUGUCCGAAAGUCAUGUGCUAAAAUAAAGAAAUUCCAUUUCUUGUGGGUUUUUCCCUUCA